AUGAACAGCAACUCCGGCACGGCGAGGCCUGACCGGAAGACAGUGGAAAGAAAUAGAAGGAAGGAGAUGAAGUUACUCUACGCAAGCCUGAGCUCUCUCCUGCCCGGCUCAAAGGUAGGGGUGCAACUUCCAUUGCCUCGGUUGCUUGAUGAGUCUGUGGGCUACAUAAAGGACAUGCAGAAGAAGCUAGAGCAGCUGAAGCUAGAGCACAAAAGUCGAGAGGCUGUUGCAGCGAGAUCAGAGAGGAGCACGAUGGCGCCGCAUUUGCAGUUUAGGAUAGCAAAUGGCAGACUAAGUGCGACAAUCAUAACUGAUGCGAGGGACUGGUCUGUUUUUCAUAAGGUGGUUGAGGUGAUUCAAGAUGAAGAAUGUGAUAUACUGAGCGCUGAUUUAACAGUCUCAGCCAUUGGUAGCAAUGCUUUUUAUGUCCUUCACUCUUUGGUAGGGGAAGACAAUAGUUCUAAGAUGACUGGGAUUUUGGAGAAGUUGAGGAAAGUAAUUGGAUGA